AUGCAUAUUUGCGCUCUAAGUGGCUCGAAGAGCUCCUUGUCUCAAGAAGAUCGAGACUUUCCAGAGAAGUUUAAAAAGUAAUCUCAUCCAAGUUAUCAGACAGUAAAAUCGAAAAAUAAUAGUAAAAAACUUUAAUUUCCGAGUUUUGUGAACAAAAUUUUGUCGCCCAAAAACUGAAAAUGUUCAUGAAUCAACUGAAAUUUUUCAGGAUGACUCGAAAUAUGAUUUAGCUCAAACAAAUAAGAUCAAAGAUUAGGCGCCAGAUGGACUCGAUCAAUCUUAAAGUGGACACACUGUGAAAAAUACAUGAACUGCACAAAAAAAACUCAAACCUUUUCGAAGACUGCGUUUUUUUUAAAAAUCAAAUCAAAAUGUUUUAUUUCUCACACACAAGUACUAAAAUUCACGAAAUAGAUAUAGGGAGAAUUUGGGAACAUAUGUUUUGCAAUGAUUUUUGCGACGCCGCUGUCCUCCUCUUGAACUAUUUACUUCGUUUAUGAGUAUGUACAAUAAAGGUUGGAGAAGAUUAUAUUUGUGAAAAAUAUUUGAAUAUAUUUGAUAAGAUUCAAAUAUAUUUGAUAAGAAACAAAACUUUAUCCUAUUGACUUUUUUUGACCUACCGUAACAAUGAUCAAAUUUGUGCUCUAUCGCAAUACGAAAAACUACAAAAGGGAAAUUUUACAGAAUUAUAUUUUUUUCAACGUUGGUUCAUGAUUUUUUAUUCAUUUUCAAUAUUUCUUUUUUUUUUUGAAAGUCACGUUCAAGAGUGUUAUAGUCUGUUCAGUUUUAAAUCUCAACUAGAUAACUCCGCCCCUGCUGGCACACUCUCUUUCCGCGUCGAUGUUUUAUCGCGUGAGACGAUUUUCGAUCUUUUUUGAUCAAAAAUAUAGAAAAAUAAGUCAAAAAAAUGCAGCAAUGUUAAAGGUUCAUCGUCUUCUGGAGAUGGAACAUUGACACGAAAGAUAUUGUAGCCUUGAACGCGGAGUUAGCUACUUGACUUUCAGAAUCUGAACAGACUAUAGGAGUUAGGGCAGCCGGUUAAAAUCACGCCGUUUGUUUCAGAGCCACAAAUUAUUUUUUUAUCUUACCGUGUUUUGCGAUUUUUUCAAGAUGUGUUACGCGUGAGAAGAUCACGUUUUAAAAUAACAGCAGAACAACAGUUACCGUAAGCACAGCCUUUUUUGCACUCUUGCUAUACAACUCGUAAAAAAUACAGCAAAAACAAAGGCCUUGAAGCGAAAUUAGGUCAAAUUUUGGUCCACUUUGGUAUACAGUCUACUUUUGUAGAAAAAAAAAUCUGGCGUGAAAUCGCCUAUAGAACCAAUAUGUUAAAGUAGUCAGAUUAAUCACGCCUCGCGAACUCAUGCGCCUAUCGAGCUCGAUAAUUGCAUGAGUUUUCACUUUGUGACAAAAAAUAUCUAAAAUACUGUGUUAAGAUCAUUUUGGACAUCCGUUUGUUUUAAAGUUGAAAAAAUUAGGUUCAAAGUGUGUUGAACUCCGCAAAAAAAAAAAAAUUAAAAAAUACACUCUGAUUUCUUUAACCUUAGGUUUUGGAGCCUAUGAUUUUGUACAAGGAAGUAAUAAGUUUUUUUAAAAUUUAAUUUUCAUUUUAUAUUCUUCAGAAGACUUUUCAAGAUGGGCGACGACUUCGAAGGUCCUAGGAAAAAACUUCGUAUCGAAGUAUUUUCUAUAUUGAUGUCUCACCUUUCCGGAUUAACAUCGAGAAAGCUUUACGGAGCAUACAUGUAAGGGUCCUUGAGUAUUUUAGUUUACUUCAUGAAAUUUUUAGAAGUGACCUUGAUUCUCCUCCAAACUACAAAAAGGCCGGCUUCUCAUCUUUUGAGGAGUUUCUCGAGUAUUGCUGCCAAGCUCGUCAAAUGCGUAGGGCGGUCAUAGAUGGACAGUGGACGUAUUUUGCCGAGUAUGAUCAAUUUUUUAAACAAAGUUGGAAUAUACUUGUUUGCAGUAGUUAAAAUAAGAAUGAUAUAGUAGUCAAUACAGAAAUAUCACGUUUUAUUUUCAAAAAAGUCACUUUAAUUUGGGUUUUUGAGCUUCUGUUAUCAUUUCUGUUUUUUUUUUCAUCGAAUUUCGUUUUAGGAUCAAUGAAAAAUCGGCUGAUAUCCAGAAGAUGAUCAGCGGGCAAAAGAAGAAUAAGAAGCGCCGGAAGCCAAACUUUUCGACGAGUUUUGUUCAUCCCAGCUAUACCAUGAGAUCGAAAACGCCUUUUGUAAGUAUCAAAGGCCUACUGAGAAUUUUUGUUGUUUAUUGAACAGGGUAUGGUCUCGUUCAACACUGCUUCUCACAAUAGGGUGGGUUAUUGCUUUAAAAAAAUUGAGACUAUUCCCGUUAAUCGCAAAAUAUUUUUUCAUUUUUUUUGCUGUAUAUCGCCCAAUCACAUUUCAAUUUAAGCCAGGUCAUGUGUGGAAAUAUUUGCAGUCAUUUCAACCUUCAACUAACUCGCCAUAUCGGACUCCAAGUCGUAACGUAACUACAGUGAGAACCAUUGGAAGGGUCGGUACACCCGAUGGAAAGAGUUUGUUUCGGGUGCCGCCUGCCAAAAAACCGAAUCUCGAGUCUAAUCCCUUCCAAAGAACGGUCCGAAAUAUCUUCCAGCCAUCCGACCCUAAUGUAUGUUUUGAGCUUUGAAAUCAAAAACCAAGAAAAAAAUUUUUUGGAUUUUGAAAACAUCCUUUGUACCAAUUAAAAAUGACAAAAAGAUUUAAAAAAAAAGGGAAAAAAAGAUGCGCAUAAAAGAUGUACAGGGGAAAAAGUAUACGCGGUAUGAAGCCAGUCCUAACGAUUUGACAGGUAUUAGGAGAUGAUGACACAUUCACAUGUCGAGGUUUAUAGAAAGAAAUAGAAUAUGAAAGACGGAACAGAAAAUGGUCAGAUAUAAAAAUUUUACAAGUUGGUCACUGCUUCAGAAAAAUGGCGAAGGCUAAAAUACUUAUGUACGAUAGAAGAUGAUAAAAUGAAGAAACUGAUUUGGAAGUGGAAAAAGUUUUUAUCAAAUUCAAAGAAAUUUUUUUAGUUUGAUAGGAAAGAGAAAGAUUCGUUACAUUAUCCCCUAAAGUGAGCGAAUCAACCGUGAGGGGGCCAGUUGAAUUUGAUAAAUUUUUGGAAAAUAUUUGAUUUCUCACAGAACAUGUAUUUUUUCCAGCGGUACUCUACAAAAACGGUCACUUCAUCUAUGACUGGCCGUCCGAAAUUUGCUGAACCUAAAAAAGCGGCGACGCCUAGCAUCAGUACUAUCACAUCAGCUAUGUCUAUCGCGAACGUAUACGAUAAGCUCACAGAAAUGCUGAAAGACGGUCCUGUUCCGGUAAAAAAAUGUUUGCUUGAGGGAAAUAUCUUUUUCGUUUUGAGUUGGAUGAAGUUAGUGACGAGUUCGAGAAGACUUACAACCUCAAGAUCGAUCCGGUGGGAUUGUUUUGCAAGUCGUGGGAGACUCUUAUCUCGACCACUUUUAAAGGAAAGCUCGAAGUUUGCAAUAAUGUAAGAUUUUUAACUGGCCAAGAUCUUCAAUCGUGUGGACUUUCAGAAUGCUCAAUUGAAAAACUAUUCCGGAGCCCCACGCCCUAAAUUUCCAUCUCAUUCAAAAGUUCCAUCGCUUAAAAAUGAAUUGAUUGGUUUUUUUUUCUCGGUGCCAUGUUCAAAGUAAUUCCGCGAAAUUUAGAGAUAGCUUUCAGAGAGUGAAAAAGAUAACUAAAUUGCAGAGAGUUUUUUAAAUUUCGUGGAAAUCACUUUGAACACGGAAUAAACUAUUAAUUCGUUUUCAGAUAAGGUCAGCUCUCCAAUUACCACCCCAAAGAAAAGCCCCGAAAAACCGCUGCAGAAUAUUCCGGUAAUACUAUAGGGUUUAUUUUUAAUUUCGUCCUUUUUUUUUUAGGUUGAACCGGUUUUCUCUCUUCCUCCGCUCAAACCAUCUUCGUUGCAGAUUGAAGUAGGAAAAAGCAACGGUAUGUUUUUCAAUUUUCCAAUUUUAUGUUUGAUCUACUUCAUUAAAUAGGGUGUGAGGAAAAGCCUACCCUCGUAUCUGGAUCGAGGCUUCUUGAGUCUGCCACUAUUUUUUCAAAGGUUUUUUUUUAAACAGCGAAAGAAUAUUUUCUGAAAAGUUUCAGACGCCUGCGUUCACAACGUUGAAAAACUCUUUGGUUUUUGCUAAAAGCAGGAACGAGCGACAAAAUUUAGCGAACGAUCAGAAGGCGCAGGUUCAACUCCGUGAGUUUCAAAAAAAUUCAGCAGGGUCUCUUAGAGACCAUUCAUCCCUGGCUAGAAACAGUUUCCACAAAAUCAGUAUUUCUCAAAGGAAUGUUCCCAAACGGAAAAUCUCUUCAUGAAUUUCCUAAUUUUCAUGAGUAUGCUAAUAUUUUAAGCUGGAAUCGUCAUAUAAAAAUCGAAAGGGAGAAAAUUCCGAUCAUAAAUUACUUAGGCAUGCGCAGUGUAGUCAAACUAGUACAUAUUAGACUAACGAGUUGGGAAUCCAUUGAAUAUAAGUACAGCCAGUUCUGUUGCAACUUUCCAAAUCCCUGCAAACCUUCCUUUUUAGAAAGGCAUCUGGAAUCUCACAAACAGAACUAUGCCAAGGAUACUGAGGAGCGUUUGUUUGUGGUAAGUUAUUCAUAAAACCAUUUUUCAAACACGAGAGUAUAAUAAUAAACCGUUGUUACGUUAAAAGCGACUUUUUCAUUUCCACGUUUUUUUCAAAUAGCUUCUCUGAUUUUCCGAUUGAUUUUUUAAAAUUAAAUUUGAAUGGAAAUUGAUACAUUUUAACUAUUUUCUGUCAUUAUAAUCCAUCUAGAUGAAGUCCACCAUCAAAAUGAAAAAAAAAACGCGGAAUUGGAAAAACGCUCAUUUCGUAGAAUUGAUUGACCUUUAAGAUUAAUUUUAAAAAAAAAAUUGCACAGGUUGAUGAUGAAAAAGCUAAAUCGACAUCCCUGCAAGCUGUUUCAGAGUCAGUCACAUCGAAGAAGGCUGAAAAAACUUUGGUGACCUUCAAAGGGUUGUUUUGUUCAUGCUGGUUUUUUUUUCAGUAUGAAAGAUUCCACAAAGUUCCGAAGAGCGAAGCUGAAAACCCGACUACGCCUGUUUUCCGACUGCCCCCAAUGACCGCGGAAUACGCUCCCAGAAAGUCUUCCUCUAAUUCUAACUCCCCCAUCAGUAUGCAAUAAAACUAUGUUUUUUUUCUUUCAAAGUUCAUCUUUCAGCUUCCAUCCCGCAUAACUACUAUAACAUUACGGUGAGAGGAACGGAAAAUGAAACCAAGUGCAUUAUGAAGCAAGUCGAGUAUGUUGAUUUUUUCGUUUGUUUUAAUCGAUUUCGUUGAUUUAGGGAACAAAUGGGCAAGUUCUCGAUUUUGGAAAAAGAAUCCCGCGAAAUAAAAAAGCGAACCUCUCCUCAUAUGUCUGAAUCAUUGGCGUACGCCAUGGAUGCGCCUAUCGACGAAAGCGAUAUUUAG